UUCGCUCAUCUUAUCAAUUGCCAGUCUUCUCGAGCCCGCCCAAACAUCUCCAAUUUUUCUUUCCCUAGUCUCCAACGAUCCUACUAAUCACAACAAUUUCUCUAUUACUCCAUCAUCGCCAUCAUGAUUUCAAGUUGCAUCUACGCAACAGCGUACGCCUUCGCCACCUCCUACGGCACUAUUUACGACUUGUACCGCAACGGCUCGACCCCCCAGAAGGUCGCCGAAAACAUAGCUUCCUACUACCGCGAACCCUACACCGCGUUCUUCAUCGGCAACGUCGCCACCAAUCAAUCUUUCGCUGGCAUCACCGACGCCACGCUUCAGGCAUACAACUUCUUGGAAGACGCCGGCAUCGGCAAUGAUAUAACCACGGACAGCGUGAGAGUUGAACCGAUUAGCAAUGCAAGUGCGAUCGUGUGGCUCACAUGGCGCAUCCACCCGAAAAAUGAUGUCGAAAGUUUCAGCUGGACCACGAUGUAUCACUACCGCAAUGACGUUGAUUUGCUUGCUGGAAUUGAGGCACCGGGGGGUAAUGGGACUCAUGGGCUUGACGGAACAACGGUGCAGAUGUCCAGCGAGGAGUGUAUCGCAAGUGUUUCUGGGACAGGUGCAAGGCCGCCUGGUGGGUGGGAGUUCGGUGUAAGUGAUGAGGAAAUUGUUAAAUUUUCGCAAAGGGUCCCGAACUACAUUGACUCUUACGUUAUGCCGCCAUCGAAGAAGUCAUGAUGGGAACAAUUGUGACAUCGACUACGUAGGAUUAGCAUAUCGGAUUCACUUCAUCCACUUCGCUCGAUAUAGACGACCAACGAAGUUGUUCAAACACUUAGACAGUAUAUUUCCCUCACAUUCUCCUCGGCAUGCGACAACAACAUGAUGGCAAGCCAAGUAAACCGUUUGAUGUACACCUGGCAUAGCUUCACUGAGAAUUCGUCGAGUAGACACGCAAGAGCAGUGAUCUUCUUUUGCCCAACAAUGCCUCA